GGAGCUGGAGAGACGUGUUGGCUGUGUGUGUGUGCGUGUGUGAGUGUGUGUGUGUGCAUGUGUGAGUGAGUGAGUGUGUGUGUGUGUGUGUGCUCUGACUACUGAUCUGACCUGGGCUUAGACAGGGACCACGUAUUUUACAUUAUUUUAUUUUAUUUUUUGAAUUUUUGAGGAUUUAGUCCACGGACGAUAUCAUUUCCAUUUGAAAGGCACCAUGUUGGGAAAAAAAGCCAGUAUGGAGUGACUGGGAGAAGAAACCGGUCGAGCUAGAAAAGGAAAGAUGGCGUUUUAACCUGUUCAUGGAGGAGAAUGCAAAUGUAAGGUGUGCAACCAAGAACGUUUCUCCCACGUCAGCCUUUGAGCAUCGUCUUACAACUGCCUCAUCCGAAGCCAAAAGCUGUUAAGACUCGUCCUACUGAACGUCUCUUACUGAAUCAGGUACAGCGAAAAGACAUGGGGAACAGCUUCUCGAACAUCUCCGCCUUCCAGUCCCUCCACAUCGUGAUGCUGGGGCUGGACUCGGCAGGCAAGACGACCGUCCUGUACAGGCUUAAGUUCAAUGAGUUUGUGAACACUGUACCUACGAUCGGUUUCAACACCGAGAAGAUCAAGCUGAGCAAUGGUGCAGCGAAGGGCAUCAGCUGCCAUUUCUGGGACGUCGGUGGCCAAGAGAAGCUCCGUCCACUCUGGAAGUCGUACAGCCGUUGCACGGACGGCAUUAUCUACGUGGUGGACUCAGUGGACGUAGACCGGCUCGAGGAGGCCAAGACCGAGCUGCACAAGGUUACCAAAUUUGCUGAGAACCAAGGAACGCCAUUGCUGGUCAUCGCCAACAAGCAGGACCUGCCCAGGUCUCUGCCCGUGGCUGAUAUAGAGAAGCAGCUGGCGCUGAAUGAGUUGACCCCAUCCACCGCAUACCACGUUCAGCCUGCUUGUGCUAUAAUCGGUGAAGGGCUUCAUGAAGGCAUGGACAAACUGUACGAGAUGAUCGUGAAGCGACGGAAAGCCCUAAAGCAGAAAAAGAAGCGAUAACCCAUAUUCGCUUCAAGGCUCGUUCCCCGCUCAUUCAUGCCUUCCGCAAGCCCGGGGCCCAUCGUCAUGUGCCAACGCAAUGAUGCACUGCUUGGAUUAUUGACUGAUUUGGGCAGUUUGUUUGCUUUUCAGUUGGAUUUAUGUUGAACUUUGCAGACACUGUAUGGCUUGCUGGGUGGUUUCGAACCACAGUGAACUUACAGGAAAAAAAAAAAAAACUUGAAAAUUGACUUGACUUGUUACAAUGAAAAAGGGCUGGUUCCCUUUUCUGCUGCUGUUGACUUACUGUGCAAGUAGCCUCGUUGUCAUACUGAAGGAGCUCUCUACUUUAGCACUGUGAAGAAGUACGAAUGCUACCGUUUUGGUUUGUGGAAUGCUUGAUUUCUCUCUCUGACGACCGGCUCGAAGCAUUACUGUGUGUAUCACAAUAAUAAUGUUGCCUAAAUCCUUUACAAGUAACUUCAUUUGAGAUUGGUUGUGAUCUGUGUGAGGCUAAAGGUUUAACCAUUGGGGUCGGCUUAAGAGAUAACAUUUGGUACAUAAAGUCAUGGACUUGGUGUACACAUCCAGGCUUACGUAUGAAGACAAGAACAUGAUACUUGUAUGUGGUGGCCGGUGCUUAUCAUUUAUGUGCUUGUAACCUCGGUCCACCACUUAGCACUUUUCCUUACCAAAACCAGUAGAGUUCAACACUGUAUUGCAAAACUCAAAAUUAUUGUAUUACACGGUCAAAAAAAUGAAUUCUGAAGUAUUUUUCAAUUAAAAUAUAUAAAUAGAAAAA